UCAAGAUGGCGACGCACUGGUUGCAGGUCCACAUUUGCUAAUUUAGAACGUAUGGUUUGGGUUUUUACUUUAGUUAGACCUAAUUUAUUUUAGCUAUGGAUAGAAUCUUUGGGACCCCGGAGGAGCCUUUAUUCAAUGACAAGUGCACAGCUGUGACUGCGGAUAUUCUUCAGGAAUGGCUUAUUUCCCUAGCCUCUAUAAAUAACAAGACAAUAACAAUUUCUUCACCACAAGAGCAGGGCUUAUUCAAGACUGGUGAGUAUGCAGAAUUUGUCUUCAAUACAUGUGAUCAGUUCAAGAUGGCUCCAGAAGCUAAGUACCUUGCACUGGAAAUAUUUGAUAGGUUUAUGGUACACCACAUCAAGGAUUUAUACAGCCAUGUGAUCCAGAGUGGAAGUAAACAUUGUCAAGCCGACUGGAGGGCUCUUCUCGACAGAAUCAAGAACCAGCUCAAACUUCGCGCCGUGUCCUGUUGUCAAAUUGCUAGCAAGUUGACCUCACACUAUAAGGUAGUGUCUGCAUCGAAGGCCAGAAGGUUCCUCCGGGAUUAUUGUGGCCACCGCUACACUGCUGAUGGUAUCCUGCAGUCGGAGCUGAGAGUUCUCAAAACACUGAAUUACAAUGUGACUGUACCCUCUACUCUCACCUACAUAGAGACUCUGCUAGAAAUUCUAGGGUACAAUGACCACGAGGCAGACGUGAAGGUUUAUCAUGCAGUAGCCAUGCAGGUGUUGACUGUGGUUUACAUCAGAUACUCCGAAGUGUACAAACGCCUCUUUGAGGUAACAGGUCUCUCUCCACAAUGCACAGACAGGAAGAAGUACAUGGCGGUAAAAGCUGACAAAAUGCUGCUGGCGGCAUCGGUGAUAGUGUCCUCCGUGUACUUGGCAGAUCAACUUUUGUCAGAUAGGAUAACGGACCAGUUAAGCAGAAUAACCCACAUACCAUGCGAUGACAUAAUAGACCUAACCUCGGUCAUAGUUCAAUUGGUCUCGGAAGACAAAUAAGAUGAGGUUUAUAUUGAUUCCAGCUGGAUAUGGAAUGGUUUUCUCUUAAGAGUACAACAUCAAGGAAUGAUUUUAGCAUCCAGAUUAGACAGUUUGGACAGCAAGGAAUGGCAAGAAAACUGUGAUAAUAGGGCUAUUGAAUACUAAUAAAAACAGUGAUGAUGAGUGCUUACAGAAACCUGUUAUUGGAGACGAGGGAGAGAGUUUGAUAUUGUGUUGAGAUAGAUAGGCAGAUAUUUAACUUUGGAAUCGACUGCUGUAUGAAAAAGAAGGGAAAUUGCGAUUUAAAUGAGCAAGUCUAGUGUUGGUAAACAAUUCUGUUUAUAAUUUUUCUCCCAUUUCCAAAAAUUAUUAAAACCAAACAAAUAGACUUGUCAUAUUGUGUAUUUGCAAUUUUCCAUUGCCCAUCAAUGACUAUGCUUUCAUUUUCUUAAUUUGUAUAAAAAGAAAUGGGAGGAGGGCAGAGGGUUGCUAUUGGAUGCAUGCUAGCUACAAUUUGAUAUUGGAUGCAAGCUUGUUACAGUUUGAUAUUUGUUAAAAGCUAGGUAUAGUUUAAUAUUUUAGGCUAUUUACACCUAGGAACAAUAGAUGCUGGAUGUGAGCUUAACUUACAACUUGAUAUUGAAUGCAAGCAAGGAACAAUUUGAUAUUUGUUUCAAGCUAGAUACAAUUUGAUAUUGGAUGCAAGUCUUGAACAGAUUGGUAAUUUUUUGGCUCGUUCAACAAGUUUGAAGCCAACAUCAGGACCAUUUAGUCACUCUCCGCCCUGGGAUGAGAUGCUCUAUAUUUGCCCUGACUUAUUCCCGGAUAGCCUACAAAUGCAGAUAUUGGAUACAAGUUACUGAUAGUUUGAUAUUGGAUGUUAUCUAGUUCAAUUUUGGAUGCAUGAUAUUGGGUUCAAUCUAGUUACAUUUUGAUAUUGGAUUGAAAACUUAUUAAUUAAUUGUUGGUGGCUUGACAGGAAUAUUUUGUUACUGUGAUGAGCUGUGUAGUUUUAUAUUGGAGACUAGCUAGGUAUUGAAUGCUAGCUGUUGAUACUAGGAGGCUGAUCUAGAAAGUAUAGAAAGAAAUGGGUGUUGUCAGGUAGGUAUGUAAGAGCAAAAAGAAAUAGUUUGAAUGCAACUUGAAAAUGCUUUAUAAAUCACAUAUUGUUACUGAUUGCAUUUUGAUUGUGAACAAAAAUACUGAUACAGGUUUUGAUUGUAUUCUGCUGUCUUGUUUUGAAAUAUUGAAUUAUGAAGGGGGACACAGCGGCAUUUAUAACUGAUAAUAUAUGAGUAGAAGGGUCAAAGAUAAAUGUUAACUGUUAAGACUGGUAAAGUCGAAGGCAAAAAUAACUGAGGGUUGCGGUCACCUAGAUGGUGCCACCAUGCCACCUUCCUAAUAUUUCCUCAACAGCUCUAACAAAGUUAUCUGUGAUUAUUAUGAAUGAGUGAUGCUGUUCAUUAAACUAUUAAUUCAUUCUGGAAGGACAGGUAUGUUUAUGUUAUAUAUGAUUAGUCAAUAGUUAGCUUGGUUUUUUUUGUUUGUAGGCAGAAGAGUAUUGAUGAGCAUUUCUCCCAUUCUAUACGUAAUAUAAAUUUAUGAUAGGUUAUUGAAUAAUCAUUGAAUAAUCAAAGACCUAAACUCAAAUAAUCUACAGUUUCAUUAAGUUUUCAAUGUUAUAAGUUUAGAAAAAUCUUUGUGAAAAAGCAUGGUUGUAAUGUCAUACACUUGAUUUCUAAAUCUUGUUGAUCGAGACUGCAAAUAUUUAACAUUCUGUAUGGUAAUGCUAAUAAACAAUUGUAAAUUCAUCAUGAACACUUAUCAUAUUUACAGAAAAGGAAAUGGUAUGAUUUACCAUCAGUCCAUGGACAAUGUUUCAAAAGGAUAUUUGUGUGUGUGUUAAUCUUCCACUCGGACUACCCUUAUACAGACAUUUGUUUUAGUACCACGUGACUGAUGGUAGUAGUGGAUUUCCGCUGAAUUUUGUUUUGCAAUAUCACCAUAUUUUCGAUACAAAUUGAUUAUAUAAGUGACGAAAUAUUAAAAAUCAGUUUUACUCGUAGUCUCAACCCACGUAGUAUGAAACCGUUGUUAAAGCUUAAUUACACAGAUGCAUGUUUCUAUAAUGAAUUAGAAUCAUCUUCUAUUUCGGUUUUAUUGACAACUAGGUCGUUGUGCAGCUUACAAAAUCGACAGGACUCAGCUUAAAGCCAAUCGAAAUGCAAUAAAAAUGACAAUCAACCUCCGUAUUUUAUUGCCGCGUUUUUAAGAUGCAAAACAAUUAUAUGGUUAUAGUAAUCAAUGCCUAAAAAAGUCAAGAGGGACCUUAUAUAAUCGAUUGCUUAAAAUAUAAUAAAUUGUUAUAUACCGGUAGAUACCAUUUUUCUUGUAAGAAGACAAACACGAACAUAUCGCAGCCUCCCAAAAUACACACACAUACACUACACGCAUGCAUCUUGCACACAGGGGAGGCCGUCCUUAAAUGACCUUAGCUGUAAAUAGGACGUUAAACAAAAUCAAACAAACAAACAAACAAAGAUACCAUUUUGUUGUCUGUCAGAUUUUCGAGUAACCGGUUUCUAAAAUUCGUCGGGUUUCACAAACCUGAUAAUGGAUAUUAGAAAGCGUAAUUUUUUAUACUAUUUAUAGUUUGAAAAUUAUUGUUAAACCGAAAAUUAAAAUAAUGUGAUCUAUCAUUCAAAUUCAGUUUUAUCCUUUUAAGCCUCGCAUCUUCUUGCUUUGCGGUAUUGUUAUAUAUUUAUUCUCGGUUCAUACGAUACAACAUGUACACAAGUGUAUGUAUAAAAACAUCCGAAGUGUUUUAUUUUAUAUAUUAUUUUGUAUUCCUUUGUGUAACUGUUUAACUCGAGAGAAACAAAAAUUGGGAAACAAAAACCAAUGACACUACACUCUUGGGUUGGUGCGAAUUUGUAUUUAUGUAACGGGUUACUGUUCAUUGCUGUGAUUGCCAGACCAAUAUCAAUGUUAAUAAGAUCAUUAUAUCAUGAGAUGUGUUGUUGACAUGAGGUGAUAUUAAACACGUUCUCGAAA